AUGGUAUUUCCCGGGAGUGGAGGCCUUAGAGCCCCGCCCCUGCUGCUCUCGCUUCUGCUCCCCGCAAUCUGGGAGGCAGGGAGCGGCCAGCUCCACUACUCGGUCCCCGAGGAGGCCAAACACGGCACCUUCGUGGGCCGCAUCGCGCAGGACCUGGGGCUGGAGCUGACGGAGCUGGUGCCGCGCCUGUUCCGGGUGGCGUCCAAGGGCGGCGGGGACCUUCUGGAGGUAAAUCUGCAGAAUGGCAUUUUGUUUGUGAAUGGUCGGAUCGACCGGGAGGAGCUGUGCGGGCGCAGCGCGGAGUGCAGCCUGCACCUGGAGGUGAUCGUGGACAGGCCGCUGCAGGUGUUCCACGUGGAGGUGAAGAUUAAAGAUAUUAACGAUAACCCACCGGUCUUCCGGAACAGAGAACAAAGGUUAUUUAUUUCUGAGAGUAGACAACUCGAUUCGCGUUUUCCGAUAGAGGGCGCUGUUGACGCAGACAUUGGUGCCAAUGCUCUUCUCACUUACACUCUGAGUCCCAGUGAUUUCUUUUCUUUGGACAUAAGAGCAAAUGAUGAACUGGGUAAAUCUCUUUCUCUUGAACUGAGAAAGUCUUUGGAUAGAGAAGAAACACCAGAACUUCAUUUAUUAUUGACAGCUACUGACGGGGGUAAACCAGAACUAGAAGGUAGAGUUCAGCUGCUAAUCACUGUACUUGACGUGAAUGAUAAUGCCCCCGUAUUUGACCAGGACCUGUACAGAGUUCACUUAUUAGAGACUAUAGCAAAUGGAACAUUAGUGACCAGGCUAAAUGCUUCUGACGCUGACGAAGGUGUAAAUAGUGAAGUAAUUUUUUCCUUUGGCGGUGGUGCUCCUCCUGACAUUCAAGAAAAAUUCAAAAUUGAUUCCACCUCAGGAGAAAUUAGAGUAAUUGGUAAUCUGGAUUAUGAAGAAAAGAAAUCCUAUGAAAUUCAAGUGAAGGCAGUUGAUAAAGGAAGUCCUCCGAUGUCAAAUCACUGUAAAGUUUUGGUGAAAGUGCUGGAUGUAAAUGAUAAUGCGCCAGAACUGGCAAUCACUUCCCUGUCUUUGCCCAUUAGAGAGGAUGCUCCACUUGGCACGGUUAUCGCCCUCAUUAUGGUGUCUGACCUCGACUCAGGUGUGAAUGGCCAGGUGACCUGCUCUUUGACACCCAAUGCACCCUUCAAGCUGGUGUCCACCUUCAAAAAUUAUUACUCAUUGGUCCUGGACAGCGCUCUGGACCGAGAGACCACCUCUGAGUAUAAGGUGGUGGUGACCGCGCGUGACGGGGGCUCGCCUCCGCUGUGGGCCACCGCCAGCGUGUCGGUGGAGGUGGCCGACGUGAACGACAACGCGCCCGUGUUCGCACAGGCCGAGUACACGGUGUUCGUGAAGGAGAACAACGCGCCCGGCUCGCACAUCUUCACGGUGUGGGCGCGCGACGCGGACGCGCAGGAGAACGCGCGCGUGUCGUACUCGCUGGUGGAGCGGCGGGUGGGCGAGCGCGCGCUGUCGAGCUACGUGUCGGUGCACGCGGAGAGCGGCAAGGUGUACGCGCUGCAGCCGCUGGACCACGAGGAGCUGGAGCUGCUGCAGUUCCAGGUGAGCGCGCGCGACGCUGGCGUGCCCGCCCUGGGCAGCAACGUGACUCUGCAGGUGUUCGUGCUGGACGAGAACGACAAUGCGCCUGCGCUGCUGGGGCCUCCCGGCGGCGGCGGCGGCGGCGGCGGCGGCGGCGGCGCGCGCAGCGAAGUGCUGUGGCGCUCGGUGGGCGCUGGCCACGUGGUGACCAAGGUGCGCGCGGUGGACGCGGACUCUGGCUACAACGCGUGGCUGUCGUACGAGCUGCAGCCGGCGGCGGCCGGUGCGCGCAGCCCGUUCCGCGUGGGGCUGUACACGGGCGAGAUCAGCACCACGCGCGCGCUGGACGAGGCGGACGCCGCGAGGCAGCGCCUGUUGGUGCUGGUGAAGGACCAUGGCGAGCCGGCGCUGACGGCCACCGCCACGGUGCUGGUGUCUCUGGUGGACAGCGGCCAAUCGCCCAAGCUGUCUUUGCGUGCAUCGGAGGGCGCCGUGGCUUCGGAGGCGACGCUGGUGGACGUGAACGUGUACCUGAUCAUCGCCAUCUGCGCGGUGUGCAGCCUGCUGGUGCUGACGCUGGUGCUGUACGUGGCGCUGCGGUGCUCUGGGGCGGCUGUGGGGCGGAGCGAGGGCGCGUGCGCGCCUGGGAAGCCUGUGCUGGUGUGCUCCAGCGCGGUGGGGAGCUGGUCCUACUCUCAGCAGAGGAGGCAGAGGAUGUGCUCUGGGGAGGGCCCGCCCAAGACCGACCUCAUGGCCUUCAGCCCAGGCCUGCCUCCAAGUGUGAACUUAUCAGAAAGAAGUGAACCUCCAGACAUGAACUCGGAUCCUUCUGGUAAUGUAAGUUUAACUUUUAAGCUUUGGCUUUAA